UACAAUGACGUCUAAAGUAAGCGACUACAUCAGUUGGGCUGAGGGUCCAGAAGAUAAAGAACACGGGAUGCCUUACCACUGUGUGGCCUAUGGAUGCGGCAAAACUGCAGAAGACGGUGUGACGCUGUUUAAAUUCCCAAAGGACCACGAGGAGUUUUGCAAAUGGGAGAAGCAGGUCCAGCGCACCCGAAACCACUGGGUCGCCACGCCCAACUCUCACCUGUGCAGCAAGCACUUUGGGAUGGAGUACUUCGAGCCCAGACCCUCCAGUGGCACUCUGAAGCUGAAGCCUGGAUCUGCCCCCACUGUGUUCGUCCGUCCGCACUGUUCCUCCUGCAGCGGUGUGGGCUGCAGUCUGUGUCUGCCUGCCAUCCAACACCGUGGCAUUACAGCAGAACCGAGAGAGCGUACAAGUGGAGAACAUAUUGAAAUGGCGCCCGUCGGGUCUGAUGAAAGCGAGGAAGAAAAUGGCGAAGAACAGCCGACAAGAGGAGGGAUGACGCCAGGAGAAAAAAGUGGUGAACAAACAGUGGUGUGUGAGAUGUGCGGCAUCAGCGGCGCCUUCAACACCUUCUUCUCCAAGACGAAGCGUUUCUGCAGCUUGUCCUGCUCCCGUUCAUAUUCAUCAAACUCCAAGAAGACCUCCAUACUGGCUCGACUGCAGGGAAAGCCACCCUCAAAAAAAGCCACAGUGCUGAAUAAAGUGAACAAAGCCCCGGCACAGGAUGCCCCGCCUGCAGGUUUUGAAUGGGGUGCCUACCUGGAGAAGGAGACGGCUCUGGCUGCAGCCGUGUCCUGCUUCAGACACGCUCCCCUGUGUGCUCAGUGGGACGACAUCUCUCUGGGGAUGAGGGUGGAGGUCCUGAACACAAACGCUGUCCUGCCCAGUAAAGUCUACUGGAUCGCUUCUGUCGUCCAGAUCGCAGGGUAUAAAGCCCUGUUGAGGUACGAAGGCUUUGAGGAAGACAGCAGCCAUGAUUUUUGGUGCAGCCUCGUUUCUGCAGAGCUGAACCCCAUCGGAUGGUGCGCCAUGACCAGCAAACUACUGGUGCCCCCACAAGACGUGAAGCAGAUCAUCCCAGAUUGGAAAGAGUAUCUGAUGAAGACGCUGGUGGGGGCCAACACUUUACCUGUGGAUUUCUACCUGAAAUUGGCAGAGAGCAUGCGGACCUCCUUCAGAGUCGGGAUGCGGGUGGAAGUUGUCGACCCCAAACACGUGAGUCGGACGCUGGUCGCCAUCAUCCACUCCAUCAAAGGGGGCCGUCUGCGGCUGGUGUACGAGGAUCAGAGCGACGCCCCCGAAAACACCAUCGACGACUUCUGGUGCCACAUGGCGAGCCCCCUGCUGCACCAGGUAGGCUGGUCCAACCAGGUGGGCCACGCCAUCAAAACACCGGUAAACCCUACGGGACCUGCUUCCAAGACCUGGAGGGGGAACUAUGACAGUUCAUUCGUGCUGUUUAAAAAGCCGAGGUUUGUCUACAUGGAGGGAUGCUACUUUGAGGAGGGGAUGAAGCUGGAGGCCAUCGACCCUCUCAACCUGGGCAGCAUCUGUGUGGCCACCAUUCAGAAGGUGCUGUUUGACGGUUACCUGAUGGUCGGGAUCGAUGGCGUCUCGUCAAACGGCUACGACUGGUUCUGUUACCACGCCUCGUCCCACGCCAUCCUUCCUGUUGACUUCUGUAAGAAGAACAACAUCCCUCUCACGGUUCCUCCAGAUUCUGAUUCUCAGACUUUCAUCUGGGAGGAAUACCUGAAGGACAACAACGCUAAAGCUGCGCCGGCUCGGCUGUUUAACGCCGAGUUCCCGGGUCACGACUUCUCCCCCAACAUGAAGCUGGAGGCGGUGGACCUGAUGGAGCCGCGGCUGGUUUGCGUGGCGACGGUGAAGCGCUGCGUCGGCCGCCUGCUGCUCAUCCACUUCGACGGCUGGGAGGACGAGUUCGACCAGUGGUUCGACCACCAGUCGCCCGACAUCUACCCGGUGGGCUGGUGCGACCUCAUGGACUAUCCUCUGCAGCCGCCCCCAGGACUCGUUCUAUUUGACCCUGCGACACAGAACAAGAAAAACAAGGGCUUCACGCAUCGGAAAAGAAGAAAGAAGAAUGGGAAGAAGAGGGUCUCUCAGGAGCAUACUGAAGCCGAUGAACACGAUGUCCAGCAGCCGGAGGACAUCUCCACCGACGUUCCUCCAGAGCCGGAGAACAGAGCUCCUAAAGCUCCUCUCAUCCUGCCAAAAGCUGAGCCGGAGGAGCGGGAUAUCUUUGCCGUCCAGGUGAAAGUGGAGGAAGUUGAAGUGGAGAUGGAGACUCCUAAUCUCCCUCUGGAUAAAAUCAAAAGAGAGAAAGGUGGAGACAGUAAGUCAGGACAGCAACAGGAAACAGAGGAGAGCAGCAUGGAAGAAGCAUCGCAUGACACUACAGGAGGAAGAAGAAGUGAGGAGUUUGGAUCAUUUGGAGAGAGCUUUACUGAUGAGAGCAACCUGGAGACGAGCAAAGACAAGAGGCCAGAAGAAGAGGAGGAGGAGGAGCAGGAGGAGGAGAGCAACAUGGAGGAGGAGAGCAACAUGGAGGAGGUUUCAGGGAGCAACACGGAGCAGGACACAACGGGAGAGGCUGCAGGGAUGGAGACAUGAUGCUCAAGGAAAGAGGUUGGGAAGAAAAAGUGGCAGAAAAAAGCAUUCUUGGAGAUUCAGAGGAAAUAUAAAACCAGUAGAGAGCCAGGGCAACUUUCUGAAAGGGACAGUUAGAUGUUUCAAAGUGAGGUUGUAUGAGGUACUUCUCCAUCGACAGUGUCUUACCAACAGUAGAUGGCAGUCUAAGCUUGGAGAAACCAACAGAAGUACCAGCAGGGUGGACGAGGGCAGAGAGAGGUGUAAUUAAGACACCUAAAAAACAAUAUCAGUUCAGGAUGAGGCUAUAUGUUGAACAUUUUAACCCGUUUUCCUUGCCGUCAGUCGUCCCUCUUGCCCCCACGCCGCUUUAUAUGCUCAGAAUCCAUUUACAAAAGCACUUAUUUACCUCUUAAAAUAUCUGGUUUUCUGCAUGCUUUUGUGUCGACUCUGAACUAGGGUUAGUUCACCUCCCACUAUAACACACUGGUGAGAAUACUGGACUCCACCACAACCAAUAAAACCCUAAAUAUAGAAAGAUGAAUAAAGGAUGGGAUGAUGAUGACCAUAAAAAGUAUUAAAAACAGGAUCCUGAUAAUCUUAAGGUCCUCUAAUGAGUCAAUUAAUCAAAGAGGAAUAAUCUCCAGCUGUAUAAAAGGGCAAUCUUAAUGCAGAAAUGACAAAAAAUGCUUUGAUCAUUCCAUCAAAUAUAUACAUUUCCUGCUGUUCUCCGAUAUAUGAUAUUCAAGUGAGCCUCUUUGGGGUUUCGGACUAACACAACAAGACUUUAAAAGACAUCACCUUGGAUUUUGGAGAAGCUAUAGAUGGACAUUUUCCACUUUUUUCUGACAUUUUAUUGACCAAAAACAAUGAAUUGAGAAAGUAUGCAGGUUAAUUGACAGUCGCCAGACCCGAUAUAUGUUAAAAACAUGACUUUACGUAGCUCACAGGGACCAGAUUCGCCAAACCUACCUCAUUCCUCCACAUUUUACUACACAAUAACAUCCAACAUGUGACUUCCAACCUGUAAACAUGACUCUGAGGGUCCUUAUUGUUUGUUGUAAUGGUUUAUUUGUGUCCUGUUUUAUAUACAGAGGUGUUUCAUUCUGUUGUAAAUAUAGAAUAGUUGAUUACCAAAGAAAAUGUUCCUCGUCUGUAGUUCUGUUCUUUCUGCAGGUGGGUAGUGGUUAUGGAACAUGUCUCAUUCACUUAUUUUUGCCUUAAAUAUGUUUAAAACCUUUCUACGUGUGUAAAUGUGAACUGAUCAAUAGUUUAUUUAUCACGGUAUGCUGUUGCAGAUGUUUUUCAACAGUUGUUAUUAGAAAACUGCAGAAGCCGUGGGAUAGGAAUUUGAAACAUUGGAGCCGUCCAAGGAAUUAAAUCCAUGGUUUCUCUUUUAGAACCGUAAAUAAAAAGCAGCUCUCGAGUCAGGUCUGAUAAAAGACUCAUGCAUGUUAUAAACAACAUUGGAAUAUGUAGUAAUUGAUGACUAAAUGCAGCUGUUAUUGGACUGAAAAAAGUACAAAUAUAUAUAUCCUUUUGGCCGACCAUAACAUGUAGUAAUGCAGAAACUGUCUGAUGGAAGUCUGCCCUAUAGAGGUAUAUAAAAAGGCCUCUGCAGGUUAAGAAAAGCAGCUUUUUCAGGUCAUGUCUGAUAAAAGACUCGUGCAUGUUGGAUAAAACAUUGCAAUGUGAAGUCAUUGAUUACAAAAUGCAGAUGUUAUCGGAUAAACACGUGAAAAGAUAUUGCAUGAUGUCCAACUAUACCAUGUGUGUUCUUGCAUUAUGUUUUCGUUUCUACACUUAGGAUUUAAGUAAUGCAGAAACUGUCUGACAGGAGUCUGCCCUAUAGGAGGUAUGAAAAAGCCUCCGCAGGUUACACUUCUAGAUGAUUAAAUCCAUGGGUUGUCUUUUAAAAAGCAGCACUGAGUCUUUUCGUGGUUCUCUUCACCACUGGUUUCGUGUUCGAUCCUUUACGAGGUAUGGCUUUGAGCAUCUUGAGGCUUGAUGGGAGGCCAGAAUGGAUGUCUUCAUUCAUAAAAGUCGCUUGUAGUACAUACUUAAUGUGAACGUAUUGUGUUAUUAUGUGUUGUUUCUAUGCCUGUGAUUUAAAGACAGAGGAAAUAAUGCAGGACCUGUCGGAUAGAAGUCCUGGAGGUGUGAAAAAGCCUCUGCAGGUUACAUUUCUACAGGAAUAAAUCCAUGGUUUGUCUUUUAAAGACUUUAAGAAAAGCAGCUCUCAGGCCAUGUCUGAUAAAAAAUGUGUGCAUGUUAUAAACAACAUUGCAAUAAGUACUAAUUGAUUACAAAGUGCAGGAGUUAUUGGUUCAAAAAGAGCAAAUAUAUUUCAUUUUGUCCAACUUUAACAUAUAUGUUGUUUCUACAUUGUUGUGUGAUAGAACACUGUCCUAUAGCAGGUUACAUUUCUAGAGGAACCAAAUCCAUGGUUUUGAAAAGAAGCAGCUCUCAGGUGAAUGGAUCACAUAUUACCUUGAGGCUGCUUCUUAUGAGUGUUAGAACAGCAGGUGUGUUGAAGCAUCACCAUGAGAUGAAAAGAGAAACUGAUGCAGAAACCGUGUAAUAGAAAUCUGAUAUAUUGGAGAUGUUAAAAACCCUUGGCAGGUUACAUUUCUAGAGGAAUUAAAUCCUUGGUUGUCUUUUAGAAGCAGCUCUCAGGCAGCGCUGCGUCUCUUCGUGGUUUUCUUCGCCGCCGUCGGCUUCGUGUUGGAUCCUUUACGAGCUUUGGGUUUGGCUUUGAGCAUCUUGACCUGCCGCGGGCCUUUGAGGUGCAUCGGUUUGGGUUUGGUGGCUUUGGGGGCCUUGGCGGGCUUCGGGGUGACGGCGGGGGGUGAGGGGAGGCUCUCUCCCCCGGGACAGGCCCUGAAAACUUGGACGUCCUUCACCCGCCGACCCCUCAGCUCGGGGGGAUUCGCACACGUGGCUCGCACCUUCAGGUUGACUUUCUCGAUCCACCUGUGGAGGAAAUAUCACAUUAUCUUUUCUUUAAAAUGCCCGGAAAACUAAGAGUGUGAAAUGAUGGUACGAAUGGGAACACGUAACUAAGGAAGAGCUAUAAUUGGGUGGAGUUUAACCACUUCUUUAAUGUGUUCGGUCGAGAAAUCGAGACAAGUGACAUUACAUGCGCAGCGGCAGCAGAGGGCAGUCACACAUCAGAGGGUUGUCAGCCAGGUUGAUGACCUCCAGGGAGGAGAGGGUCUGGAGGUCCGGCACCUCCUCCAGCUGGUUCCCCUCCAAGAAGAGACUCCUCAGCCCCGGACCCACACCUGCCAGGGAGCUCUGCGACAUCUGGAGCAAGAAACAUCAGAAUACUGUUGAAUCACCUCUGUGAAAUGAUUUGGAGCUGUAUGGAGUGAACGGGGAGGUUAUCGUAGUCAAAGAUCCAACAAACACCGACAGAACACCAGAACUUCAAUACAUGCAAGGACUAAUCACAUGGACGAGACACAGCUGGGGAGGGAAGGCAAAUCAGGUGAUCAGACAGGAGGGAACACAGACAUAACACAGGGGGGAAGUCUUCUCAAAGUCACACACAGACGGAGUGCGACCCCCUCACCUUCUCCAGCCCCAUGUUAUCCAGGUACAGCUCCUUCAGGGAUCUCUCCAGGGGUCUGAAGGCGUUGGGCCCCACCCAGCGGAUGGCGUUCCCGGACAGCCUCAGGUCCCGGAGACUCCCUGCCUUGCUGAACGCCUCGGUGGGCACUUCCUUCAGCUUGUUGCCGCCCAGGUGGAGCGUGUCCAGGUCCCCGGCCCCAUCCAGAGCUCGAGGCGACAUGUUUCCGAUGGCGUUCCCAGUGAGGUAGAGCGACCGGAGGCCCUCGGCCCCCGACAGGACGUCCGGCUCCAGCCUGGUGAUGGAGUUGUUCUCCAGGUGCAGAGCCAGCAGGCUGGGCACCAGGCUGAAGGCUCCUCGGGGGAAACCUGUGAAGCGGUUCUUCUCCAGGUGGAGGUAGGUGAGCUGAGGGAGGCCUGAGAAAUUAAAUUAUAGGAAUUUAAAGCACAUGUAGAUGGAAAACCUCCCAAAGUAUUUAGUGAUGUAUCUAAAGGACCUUUGAAGGCGUUGUGGCUGAGGGAGGACAGGUCGUUCUCCGACAAGUAAAGGUAGAUCAGGCCCUUCAUGCCGCUGAAGGCCCCGUCCUCCACCUCCACGAUCUUGCAGCGCUGCAGGUGGAGCGACACCACCUGGGCCACCCCAGGGAAGCUGCUGCCGGGGAUGUAAUGGAAGUGGUUUCCACGGAGGUCCAGGAGCCUCGUGUCUGGAGAGAAACCCCGAGGAACUUUAGUGUGAGCGCGAUUCUCACACGAGGAGUGGUGUGUAUCAGCCUGGAAAUGAUGGGAAGGUUAGAGGGGAUGAAACACACACAUUUCACUUAAUAGUGUUUGGGAAAUCCCAUUGCUUUUUCACAACAGAUCCCUUGUAAAUUAGCUCAUAGAGUCCUAAGAUGGUUGUACUCCCGGUGGUCUGAUUUUGAUGAAUUCUGGGUCGAGUUUUUAAGUUUUAGGGGACACAGCUAGCAUGGCUCCGUCAAAUCUCUAUGUUGACAAGAAAUCUGUUCACCAAGAACUACCAAAUCUCGUACCGGCACUCACCUCGCAGACACAGUUUGCAGGACACUUGACCUUGUUCGCCGGCGCCUCUGUGGGUGGAGGUGUGAUCCGCCUAGCCUCUUCGAACUCAGCCUUCAGCAUGGCCUCCUGGCUCUGGCAGCGGAGCUCUGGAGGGUAGACGGCCUCCAGGUUCUCCCCCGACAGGUGGUCCGGGCCUCCACAGGUGCCCAUCAGCUUCACCUUGUUACGGAUCGACCAUUCCCUGCGAUGGAAAAACCAUCCGCAUGACUGCACGUACCCACCGCUACGCUAAAGGCGGCUAACGUUUGGCAGGGUGCAGAGAGGUACACACAUCCUUCACAGUACAGAUAAUCAUGUUGAAAAACACUCUGGUAAAAGUUGAAGUGAUGAAUAAACUUGGGAAAAGUUCAGAUAUUUUAAUCUCCUUGUUGCUGAGCUAAUACCAAUAAUACAACUGGAAAUCAUUUACAAUAUUACACCAAACCAUUGUCCCAGAUCCUCCCCGUUCUUCCCUCACAAAUGAGUUUGUACCUUAUUAUGUUUUGUAACGUUUGUUGUAUUUGUUGAUCACGUGUGUAUGAACUACAAACUGUACUGUACGUAAACUCGGAUAUCCAGUUUGGAAUCUGUUGAUUAAACCUUUAAUGUCUUUAA